GUUUCGUCUGACUCGAGAGCGCCGGUUUACAAAUGUGUUCAGUGCCUAACCGCUGUUUAUUUCGACCAUCAGACAUGUAUCCGACCACACUGACCCAGCUGGCCCGGGCGAACCCCUUCAGCGCCCCGUUGUUCACGCUGCAGAAAGCCGGUGAACCGGAGACUCACUCUCCCGUACAGAAGCGCAGGCUCGCCGCCGCCGCAACCGCCGAGUCGGCCGAUAGCUGCGAGUUCGGCUCGGGGAAAUACUACGCCCUCUGCGGGUUCGGGGGCAUCUUGAGCUGUGGUAUUACACACACGGCCGUCGUGCCCCUCGACUUGGUCAAGUGCCGGCUCCAGGUGGAUCCAGCUAAAUACAAGAGCAUCUUCAAUGGAUUCUCCAUCACGAUCAGAGAGGACGGCGUGCGCGGGUUGGCCAAAGGUUGGGCGCCCACCUUCAUCGGAUACUCCAUGCAGGGGCUCUGCAAGUUCGGCUUCUACGAGGUGUUCAAGAUCAUGUACGGUGACCUGCUAGGAGAGACAUGGAUGAAGUUCGCCUGCUUCGAGCGCACCGUUGAGUUGCUCUACAAGUACGUGGUGCCCAAACCCCGCAGCGAAUGCUCCAAAUCCGAACAGCUGGUGGUCACCUUCGUCGCUGGUUACAUCGGUGAGCCUGAUCUCUGA